AGAAUUAACUAUUACCUUCUCCAUGGUGUUUUAUGUUGCAGUCUAAGAGUCGAACUGAAUUGAACCAUCCGUCCCCGGCGGAACCCAGCUUGACAUGAGGAUCUCCGGCAGACCACUCUACCAGGAUAUGCAGCCGAAUCGGGAAACGCUACGCUCCGCCGCAUCGUGGCUGACGUCUCAAAGAACCUUGACCGUGCCCUAACCCCAGUCCUGAAGUUCAAGCGCCGUAGCGUCCUCCGCCACUUCGUUAGCGCCGCCGAUUUCGCAAAGUCACCACCCUGAUCGAUGCCUCAAUCGGCGACAACUUGCUCCGGAGCAGGUAUUUAUGCCCCCAAUUGCGAGUAACGAUCCAAAUCAGGUAUUUAUGCUCUGCAUCUUUCUUGGUUUGCUCUUUCAUCGCUUUGAAGAAUACGAGAGGCGCGGAUAGCAGCUGGUGUUCUUGACGUGGUCUUUGUCGGUGAUUUUGCAAUUACGCAUUGGUUGAGAUUGAGAUUGAGAAGACUGUUUGGUGGGAUUUGAGAAGACUGGUGGACAAGCGAAUGCACCAGAAAUAAUAAUUGAUAAUGAUGGAGCACUCGCACGGUUCUGAUUAUGUUUUUGAGACGCUCUGCUCUGUUGACAUUUCCAUGGCUUUUUCAGCAUCUCACUUUUCAUUCAAACACAUUACAUUCCUUCAAAUUCUCCCCAUCAUUUUAACAAUUCCGACCCAACACACCAUUGGAUGCUACACAUCCAUCAUCAGCUUCGGCGACUCGCUCGCCGACACCGGAAACUAUCUUCACUACACUCAAUACUCCCAUUCCACUCCCCCCAACUUUGCAUUUCCGCCCUAUGGAGAAACCUACUUCCAUCGUCCCACAGGCCGUUGCUCCGAUGGUCGUCUCAUCAUUGACUUCAUCGCUCAGUAUCUUGGACUUCAAUUGGUACCACCUUAUUUGGGUGACGGAGAGAAAAAUGUGAUCACCAGAUCGGAAGAGAAUUUUGAAGAGGGUGUGAAUUUUGCGGUAGUGGGUGCUUCGGCGCUCGAUGCUGCGUUCUACAAAGAAAUAGGACUUGAUGAUCCUUGUGGAAACUUUUCGCUGGAAGUUCAGUUGGGUUGGUUCAAAGAAAUGUUGCCAUCUCUCUGCACCAACACAUCUUCAGGUAAUUGCAAUAAACUCCUUCAGAGUUCUCUCGUUCUAUUGGGAACGAUUGGAGGCAAUGAUUAUGAUAAUGCAUUUAUGGCAGGACUAAGCUUUGAAGAGGUUCAAUCAUUUGUACCUCUAAUUGUAAAUGUCAUUGCUUCAGCUAUCAAUGAGUUAAUCAAGCUUGGAGCGGUGACACUCAUGGUCCCUGGGAUCAUACCAAUUGGAUGCUUACCAGUUAAUCUAGCAUAUUACAACAACUCAAAGGAGGAAGAAUAUGACCCCCUAACUGGCUGCCUCAUCUGGUUGAACAAGUUUGCUGAGUACCACAAUGAAUUACUUCAGAUAGAACUAAAUCAGAUUCGAGAACUUCAUCCUCAUACCACCAUUAUCUAUGCAGAUUAUUACAAUGAUGCAAUGCGCUUCUAUCUUUCUCCCAGCAAAUUUGGAUUUACAGAAGGAGCUCUGACUGCAUGCUGUGGAGGGGGAGGCCCAUACAAUGUCAACUCAACCGCGGAAUGUGGCUCUCCAGAAUCAACUAGUUGCGACAACCCUUCUCUGUAUGCUAGCUGGGACGGUUUGCACUUCACUGAAGCCGCGUAUAAAUGGAUUUCCCAAGGUUUAUUAUUCGGACCAUACACCAUUCCUCCAUUGAACACGUCAUGUGUGCUGUUGGUGUGACGGCUGAAAAUUCUGAUUAUAAGUAGCUAUGAAGCAAUGCAAUUCUACAUUUUGUUGGCCAGUUUUAUUCAAGCAUAUUAUUGAAUAAUACCUUACUUGGGUUGACCAUAUUUUUACACUUUCAUUCCGUUGGCUAUACAGAUAUCUAUGGUGUAUCGGAUUAGGGGAACAACUAUCACCUUAUCCAUGGUGUUUUAUGUAGCAGUCUAAGAGUCCAUGAUAUCUUCUUCAAUGGCAACUGAAAUGAACUAUGUAGUUUCCAAGACAUAAUUUUUGGGUUUUAUUAAAUGAUCCGUGCAAA